GCUACCUUCUUUUUGAUAUGGUUGGGCUAGACCUGCCGUUACUUUUAUAAAUUAAAAUAAUGGUGGCACCCAUACAAAAACUCGUCCAUCUUUCAUCCAAGAUAUUUGGAAGUCUGACACCAGAUAAAAUCACCAAAGAUCACUUGUCACCCUUAAUUAGGGCAAUUAACGAUAUUAAAAUAGAAGAUGUACAGUUUGAUCCGAGGGAAGUGGAAGAACAAGAUGCCCAAUCUAGGUUGUACAACCGCCGGAGGGCUCCAGUAACUUACAUGCAUUUGUUUCAAGACAAAUCAUUUUCAAUGUCAGUAUUCAUUGUAAAAUCAGGGGGAGUAUUACCUCUUCACGACCAUCCAAAGAUGCAUGGUCUUUUAAAAGUUAUUUAUGGUACAUUAAAAAUAAUAUCAUACACGGAAGUUAAUAAACAAGUUUUUCCUGACGACUUGUUAACUACUCAUCAUCCCCAAACCAGAUCAUUCUACAGGAACAUAAAAACUGUGCGAAGAAACAAUGAUCUGAUUGUAACUGAUGAGGAUGGCUGUUGUAUAUUGACACCAACUGAUGGAAACAUUCAUGAAAUACAUUCUGAAACUCAAAUGGCAGCAUUCCUAGACAUCUUGGCACCACCCUAUGAAAAUGAUGCUACUUGUCAUUAUUAUCAAGAAUUACCUUCCUCUACAAGCACUGACUCAACUAGAUGGCUUUUAGAAAUUCCCCAACCUAAUAGUUAUUGGUGUAAUACUAUAAGCUACAAGGGACCAUCAUUAGACAAUUUAGAUGUUUGAUCAUGGUUGAUGCUUCCCAUUCUAUAAAACAAAUAUAAUUAUAAAAUAUAAGCCUUUAUAUUAUAAAUUAAUAUUAUUAUUAUAAAAUAUUAAUUACCAUACAAAAACAUGUUUGUAAGCCUGUUUGUAAUUUGAAGAUGUAUUUUUGCCAGUAAGAGUAUAGCAAUCCUAGGUCUAACCCAAACCCAUAUUUUGACCCUAACGUCAGUGCAGGCAGUAUAAAGCAUUAAAUCCUAAACAGAAUAAUGACAAAUCUGAUUUAAUCCUACUUUAAAUCAGUUUCACCAAGAGCACUUAUACUUUUGCUAUAGGCCGUAGACCAGUCAUAUUUGUACAGUUCCCUUUAUAUCUUAAGGUUGACAAGGACAUACCUAACAGUGGCGUCAGAUGUUGUAUGACAACCAAUGUUACCCCCUUCCCCAAUGACAAUAUUUAUGAUGUGUUAAAAUUUUAGGCACUGCUGUGUCAGUCCAUCCCCAGAUGGCAUCAUCCUGUUUUUAAUCACAUCGAUACAUUUUUUACUAACUGGAAACUGCAAAUAUUCCAAUUCAAUUAGCUAUAUUCUAUUUUGGUGUCACCCCUUAGGAUAGUGUCACUUGCCUGGACCUUCC